UGCACGUGUAGUUUAUAGUUUUUGAAUUUUUUAGUUUAUUUUGUUCAAUCAGUAAACGAUAGUCGUAGUUGGAAAUGGACAGCGAAGAUGAUAAUUAUGAGCUGACCGACUCCGAGUUGGAAUAUGAUGAGGAUGAGCGUGAAUUGAUAGAGGAUUUGCGUAAGGAACGCAAAGAACGCAACGAACAAGAUGGAAAUGAAGAGGUCCUCUUAUUCAGUGAUAGCGACGAGGACGAUGCGGCAAACAACGACGAUGUUGGCGAGUUAAUGCGUGACAGCGAUAUCGAAGGGGCUGAGGAUGAUGAUGGCGACCUCCCGGACACAAUGAACUGGGGAAACAAAAAGAGCGCCUAUUACAAUACAGAUUUUGUUGAUCCCGAUUACAGCAAUUACAAUGCCCAGGAGGAGGAGCAGGCACUGGCUGAAGAGGAAGAGGCUAAAAAGAUACAGUUGCGCUUGGCCAAACAAAUGCAGGAAGCUGAUUUUCAUCUUGACAACGUUAAGCUGCCCGAGUCCGACAGUGAAGACGACACAACAAAAAGGCAAGACGGCAGCAUCCAUGUUUUGGCAGAUUUGACUGGUCUAAACGAACGCGAACGCCUGCAGUUACUGCAGAAGGAUUCGCCCGAAUUCAUUGGCCUAACACAGGAAUUCCAACAGUAUCUGGCGGAGGUGCAGGAGCUGACAGCCCCUGUGCUUAACUAUGUGCGGAACCACAACGUGCCUAUGGUGCCGGCACUGUCUUUUGCCAGCCUCUAUCAAAACGUUCUGUUGACCUACUGCUCUAACGUGUCCUUCUAUCUCUUGCUCAAGGCCAAGCGCAGCAGCGUCAAGCACCAUCCAGUCAUCAAGCGUAUUGUGCAGCUAAAACAGGUGCGGCAGCAGUUGACGCCACGCUACGAGGAAUACAUACGGCCACAGCUGGAGGCAUUGCUGGAGCGCAUACAGGAUGGCGAUGCAUUUACAGUGCUGGACGUAAAGCAGCGCAAAGCCAAACUGCAGAUACUCAACAAAUAUGAGAAGCGAAAUGAUCUUGAAAAUAAAGACAAUGGAACGGCAAGUGUAAAGAAUAAUGAAGAGCUAGAUGAUGAUGAUGACGUCGACCACGAAACAGCCGAAGAAGACGACCAGGAAGAUGAGGAGUCUGAGCUAUCUCGCCGUGGUAUCACCUAUCAAAUUGCCAAAAACAAAGGCCUCACCCCACACCGAAAGAAGGAGCUGCGCAAUCCGCGUGUAAAGCACCGCGGCAAGUAUCGCAAGGCCAUCAUUCGACGCAAGGGUGCAGUGCGAGCAGUUCGUAAGGAAACAAAACGAUAUGGUGGCGAAAUAUCUGGCAUCAAGGCAACAGUCACCAAGAGCAUUAAGUUUAAGACAUAGUCCCAUUGACAAACCAAUUCCAAGUGUGAUGAAUAAAGCAAAUUUGUAGUACAUACAUCUGUAAA